AUGUGUGGAAUAUUAGCAACAUUAUUAACCGAUCACACUUCUUUGGCGAGUGUAGAAUUAUUUGAAGGGUUACAAAUAUUACAACAUAGAGGACAGGAUGCAGCAGGAAUAGUUACUUGUGGUCAAAAAGGACGUCUUUAUCAAUGCAAAGGAAAUGGAAUGGUAAGAGACGUCUUUAAUCAAGAACAUCUACAAAAUUUAGUCGGAAAUCUCGGCAUUGGUCAUGUUCGUUAUCCAACAGCGGGUUCGUCAUCCCAUUCCGAAGCACAACCAUUUUAUGUGAAUAGUCCUUAUGGCAUUGUAUUUGCUCAUAAUGGAAAUCUUAUCAAUGCCGAUGAAUUAAAGAAUUUCUUAGAUUUCACUGUUCAUCGUCAUAUAAAUACGGAUUCAGAUUCGGAAUUACUUCUAAAUAUAUUUGCAAAUAAUUUGCAGAAAACCAAUAAAGCUAGAAUUAACGAACAAGAUAUUUUUACAGCAAUAAGAGGAAUUUAUGAACAAUGUAUAGGAGCAUACGCUUGUGUAGCUAUGAUCGCGGGUUUUGGUAUUAUUGGAUUUCGUGAUUUACAUGGAAUUAGACCAAUAUGUUAUGGUACCAGACAAGGUGUGGCGGGUAUUGAUUAUAUGUUUGCUUCUGAGAGUGUGGUUUUGGAUCAUGCGGGAUUUACCGAUGUUAAAGAUAUUAAUCCUGGAGAAGCAGUAAUAAUUACGAAAACAGCCAUAACGAAACGACAAUUAAUAAGUCCAGAAAAAAUUGCACCUUGUAUAUUUGAAUUUGUUUACUUUGCUCGUCCUGAUUCGGUUAUUGAUGGAAUUUCAGUAUAUCGAUCAAGAUUAGAAAUGGGUGAAUAUUUAGCUGAUCAAGUUAUUAAAAAAUGUGGUGAGAAUUUAGAUAUUGACGUGGUUCCGGAUACAAGUCGUGUAGCAGCACUUCAAGUAUCACAUAAAUUAAAAAUUGCAUAUCGUGAAGGAUUUAUUAAGAAUCGUUAUGUAGGACGUACUUUCAUUAUGUCGGGACAACAAAUACGAACUACAUCUAAAGAAAUAGUUCAAAUGGCACGAGAUGCUGAACUUGUAGCUUAUGAUCGUGAUGUUGAUUCAAUUGCUAAAGAAAUUGGUGCUGAUAUGGUAAUAUAUCAGGAAUUAGAAGACUUAAUAUCUUCUUGCCGUAAAUUCAAUUCCAAUAUAUCAAAAUUUGAUUGUUCAGUAUUUAAUGGAUGUUAUGUUACGAGUGGAAUAACUCAAGAAUAUUUAGAUAAAUUAGAAAAUACUCUGAAUUCAAAAUCACACGCGACAGCAGCAUCAAAACAACGUAAAGAACGUUUAGAAGCCUUACGAAAACGAAAGUUAGAUUCAGAGAGCACAAAUACGACGACAACAACGGACGAGAAUAAUAAUGAUAAUACUGAAAAAAAAUUAAAAUUUCGAAAUUAUACACCAAUAAAUGAAGAAAUAAUAAAAGCUACAGAAAAAAUUCAUAUAGCAACUCCUGAUGAUUUAGGCGAAACAUUAGAAAAACAAGCAAAUAAAUUAACUAAAGAAGUUGAAGCUGCUGAUGAAGCUAAACGAGCGGAAGAAGUGAAUCCUAAUUGGGAUCUUAAACGUGAUGUGGAAAAGAAAUUAGAGAAACUUAAUAAAAGGACACAAGACAUAUCAAUAACAAUCAAUCCAGAUGACAGUGAUGAUGAAAAAAAUGUUACUACUUUAACAACAACAGUAAAUUUGGCUGAUGCUCCUCCCGUAAGAGCUGAAGUGGAAAAAAUUAUUCCUACAUGUGAGGACGACGAAGAGAUACUUGAUUAUUUGAAAGAACUUCUAAAGCAUGUCCAGCAAUCAUCGCCUUCUCAAGAUGAAGUUGUUGCAGAUUCAAUAAUUAACAACCAAUCAACAUUUUCUCCAACUCCGUCACAAACUGUCCAGCAAUCAUCUCAAGAUGUCGAAGUUGUCAUGGAUCGAGUAGUUAACGAACCAUUUUCUAAAAGAAUUCAGGAUGACACACGCUUACCCGAAAACGCCUCAAUUUCUUCGCUAUUACAAUAA